GAGAGAGUGAGGGGAAAGAGGGAGAGAGAGAGAGAGAGAACAGGCACAGCUCCAGAUUGUGAAGUUGCCCUAGUGAGAAGGAGAGGCUGCCACAUUGUGGCUUCUUCUAUCAAGAAGCCAAUUGUUGCUGGUGUUACUUACUCAUACAGGGCCACACAUGGCAAAGACAACUCUGUCUGCAGUGGUGGCGUUGCUAUUGGCAUGUGGUGCAAUCGGAGUAGGUGGCAAUCUCAUCCAACUUGCUAAGAUGAUCAAACAAAUGACUGGAAAAGAUGCCAUACCAGAAUACAUGGCCUACGGGUGUUAUUGUGGAUGGGGAGGCAAAGGCAUGCCAAAGGAUCAAACUGACUGGUGCUGCCGUAACCAUGACUGUUGCUACAAGAGAGUGGAUGAGCAAGGAUGUGACUCCAAACUUGCCACCUAUUCUUACACCUACAAGUCUGGGAACAUCAUCUGUGGAAACGAACCCUGGUAUGGGAAAUGGAUUUCAGAUGUUUCAAUCCAGUGUGACCGCCUGACCUGUGAAUGCGACCAAAAGUUUGUGCAGUGCCUGAAAAAGAACUUAAAGACGUACCAGAAGAAGUACAGCUAUUUCCCCAACUUUUUGUGCGUUGGCCAUCCUCCUCUGUGUCCUGUUGAGCCAAGAAUGAGAAUUACACCAGGGAGCCCCAGAGGUCUUUAUCAAAGGAAGAUGAAGAUAUUAUGGGGAUCAAUGCUGUUGCUGGUUUGCGGAGUUUUGGUAGUAAAUGGGAACCUCGUUCAGUUUGGAAGAAUGAUCCGAAAGCUCACUGGGAAAACGUCUUUCCCCCACUACACCACGUACGGGUGUUACUGCGGGGUGGGUGGCAAAGGCAGACCACGAGACGACACCGACCGCUGCUGCCUGGCCCAUGAUUGCUGCUACGAAAAGUUGAGUGACUGUAACACCAACACUGACAUAUACAACUAUUCCAUCGACGACGGAGUUAUUACUUGCGGUGAAGGAAGCAGCUGCGAAAAGCAGAUCUGUGAAUGUGACAAAACAGCAGCCGUCUGUCUGCGGGACCACCUGGACACUUACGAUAAGAAGUAUCGCUUUUACUCCGACAAGAACUGCCAGGAAGGGCCGAUGACGUGCUGAGCUCAGCCCCUGCAGGCCCCAAGCCUCCUCUUCAAAAAUA